GGGUCAGUGGCGUGUGGUGAGCAGCAUCGAACAUCCCCACUGGGCUUCCAUGCCGCCGUUGUCUCAGGAUGUUCAGACCGCUAUGGGUUGCAUAGCAACGCUCAAUUGUGCUCUGGCUGUAACAGGUACACUGGCAGUGGUCGUCCAAAUUAUGAGGUUUCGGAGUCUGCGGACGUACUCCAACCUGUUUGUUCUAAACUUGGCCGUAUCUGAUUUGCUUAUGGCUGUAGGCAACAUUCCCAUGUUGAUCAUAUCAAGUUUCUCCGGACAUUGGGUGUUUGGUGUGGCAGGUUGUUAUGUGUACGCCUUUCUUGGGGCAGUUGGAAGCUUCGUGUCUAUCAACACAUUAGCAGUGAUAUCAAUAGAUAGGUGUUUCGUGAUUUUAAAAACUAUACCUGGACAAAAGAGAAUGUCAAGACGAACCUUUGCGUCCAUAGUUAGCGCAAUAUGGCUUUAUGCGAUUAUCUGGGCAUCGGGACCAUUCUUCGGAUUUGGAAGGUAUAUUUUGGAAGGUACCAAUACCUCCUGUACAUUCGACUUCUUCUCCAAGACGCCCGCUGUGCAGGGGUUCGUGAUCGCCAUCUUUAUUAUGCAUUUCUGCAUACCUGUGACCGCAGUUGCAAUUUCACAUUUCCUACUCUCAACCGCUAUUUCGCAGUUAAGACAGCAAUUUCUAGAAGCAUCUAGAGUUUACGGAGAGGAUACGUUACCGAGAAGACGAAAUGGUUCUAUACAUGAGACAAAGACAACGCGUGCUGUAAUAAUCGUGAUAUUGGUGUUCUGUAUCUCGUGGGCACCAUACGCUUGUGUUGCUUUGUUUGGGGUAUUUGGUGACGCUUCAAAAAUAACAAGACUAGCAGCUGGACUCCCGGGCUUGUUUGCUAAGUGUUCUGCUGCAUUUAAUCCUAUCGUUUAUGCCUUUCUACAUCCACGGUUUCGAUCAAAACUGUGCCCCAUAGAUCCAUGUCGACGCGCUAAGAAUAAACCACGACCUGAGAUAAUCAAACGGCCCUUUUGGAAUUGGCGAUCACGAAUAAUGACGAAUGUUUAACAUGCGCAUUACUUAUGUUUAUGUUUUUGCCGUGUUCUAUGAAAAGGGGGUUUAAUGCAUGUGCGUUAAGUGUCGUCCCAGAUUAGCCUGUGCAGUAGAUUAUUGGUUAGAAGCAACUAUCUUUAAACGAAAAAUACCAUACAAGCGGACUGCACAGGUUAAUCUUGCACGACAUCUUACGCACAUGCAUUCGACCCCCUUUUUACACAGUACGGCCAAUUUGUUUUUGUUAUUAUUCAGUUCUGUCUGUUUCUCUCAUAUGUGCAAAACACGUAAACUAAAUAAUGCACAAUGCGGAGAAUGAUAUCAGCUUUCAAUAACAAACGCGCGAUAUUUAUAGCGGUCCUCUGCCCAUGCCUAGCAUGAUAAUAAAUGCAACUAAUUUAGCACUUGCAGAUACAUAUGUCAAUUUGAAAGAAUAUUCACAAAUCUACGGUGUCUUUUGAUUUAUUGCAUGAAACUGUGGUAAUUGCCCUACAUAUUUAAUUAUGGUAUGCAAUAAGUCUUUGCUUUUGUUCGUUUAUCCUAUUUCAUCAAAGUUGUGCGACUUCGAUAACACUUUUAAAAAUGAAAUUGAAAUCGCAAUCCGAUUGUGCAUUUGCUGUCAUAACUCUCAUUGUUUACAAACCUUUGUAAAUAUUUUCCUUACCCAGGAAUCGUUAUUUGAAAAGGUAUAAAUUAAUAACUCUGCUUAUUUGUUAGGAAAGUACCAUAACAAUUAAAGCAAAAGUAAUUAAAAAUGAUUUUGAUAGAAAGGAUCUUAAAUUAAAAAAAUUUAGUUGAAAAGGUAAAAAUUUAAAUAACCUGUGUUUUAAAUAACUAUGAAUGACCAGUACAAACAUGUACGUUUUCUCAUUACCAGGAAUAGAAAAGGUUCCUCGAAUCCUUUGCCUUAUUGAAAAUGCAAUCAAACGUUAUAACAGUGUAAAAUGUUUUCUGUUGUAGAAUAUUAUAGUCAUAGCAUACAUGUAUUAUGUUGAAAAAAUCUUUUUUUUUUUUUCAAUCACUCAUUGUUAUUAAUGUAUCAAUAAUACCGGAAAAUAGAAUAUAAA